AUGGAGAGGAACGUGGUGCCAAAACGAUUGCCGAGAAACGUUGAGAUGGAGAGACGGCGCAGAUUAUACCGAAAUUUGAAAAUCGAGGACGCUUUGAACGAGGUGAACGUCACGCCAAAGGAAAUGCUGCCUCCUUCCGCUAUUUCGCCGCUGCUGUCCACAGAAGAAAUUUAUGGCUUGUUCGCCACCACCCAUAUCCUUCCAUUGGAGAUCUUCGACGACGAGGAAUACGACUGCAGAACAAUCGAGGAUUGGAUAAAUCUUGGCGUCAUCGAUGGGGAACGGUAUCCAUUGCCAGCCACGGUAUUUGUUCCAAGAUUUCAGGAGGAAGACGAGAGAUUUCAACAUAUAGACGACCUGACGGUGCACCUAUUUUCUUGGCACAACGCUGCAGUCACCAAUUAUGAUUAUAAGAAGAAACUGUGGACGGUGCUCACUCUGGAUGGAAGAAAGCGGAAGUAUUUCAUACCAAGAAUCUACAUCCGAUUUUAUGCUGAGAACCCUAGGAUUUUUGCCAAGAGAGUUGCCGUGGCUAUCGAAAACAGACGAAUCGCAGAGGCAUCCAUAAAGUACAAUUUCUAUUUGGACUGCAUGCAGAUGGACGGUAUGCAGAUUUUGAACGAAGAACAAAAGGAAACCAUCAUUCGCCUAACAGUGAUACGUAGUCAUUUCAAGAGAAAGAAAAAAUCGGCAGUGCGUAGACAUUUCUUGUAUAAAUUCGCGUGCCACAAGGAUUAA